AUGACAGUCACGAACGGCAAGAUCGUCUCGGAGAUGGUCUCCUGGAUCAAGAGCCAGAAGCCCGUCGCACCCCGCAUGAAAGACGCCCCUACCUUCUACCGAAACCUCGAAGAGGCCCUAGACGUCCGCCGGUCGACGCAGUCGAUGCUCACCCGCGGACAAAACACUUGGAAGACCGGCGACGCGAUCGACUUCUGCUCCAACGACCUCCUCUCCCUCGGCCUCACGGGCGAGCUACGCACGGAGUUCCUAGCCGAGCUGGGCCGGCAUCCAGACUUCGCGCUGCACUCGGGCGGCUCGCGCGUGAUGGGCGGGAACUACGAUUACAUCGAAGAGGUGGAGCAGGAGAUCGCGGACUUUCUGGGCGCGGAGACGGCGCUGAUGUUCAACUCCGGGUCGAACGGGAAUAUCGCCAUCUACACGGCGAUCCCGCGGCCGGGGGACGCGAUCGUGUAUGAUGAGCUGGUGCAUUUUAGCACGCAUACGGGCAUGGCGUCGUCGUUGGCCACGACCAAGGUUGUCUUCCGGCAUAAUGACCUCGAUUCGUUCCGCGAGGCCAUGUCGUCGACCAUGGACUCGCAGCCAAUGCUGCAGGAUGGGUCACGGUCGAUCCUUGUCUCGGUUGAGUCGGUGUAUAGUAUGGAUGGGGAUGUGUGUCCUCUGGUGGAGAUGCUGGAGAUCGCACGGGAGAUUUGUCCCAAGGGGAACUUUGCGUUCAUUGCGGAUGAGGCGCAUGCGACUGGUAUUGUAGGUGAGAGGGGUGUUGGUCUGGUCAAGCAUCUGGGCCUGGAGAAGGAGAUUGCUAUUCGGUUGAAUACGUGCGGCAAGGCCUUGGCCUGUACCGGAUCUGUUGUUCUUGGAAACGCUACUGUCCGAAACAUGAUGCUGAACUUUGCCGGGUCCCUGGUCAACACCACUGCGCCGUCCUUCCCAUCGGUUGCCGUCAUUCGAGCAGCCUAUAACCUGAUGCGAACUGGUGCCACUCAGAAGGCCCAGGACAACAUUCAGCAUCUUGUCAAGUAUUUCUACAAAUCCAUCACCUCCGAUCCCCUAUGGGAAACAGCCAAUGACAUGGGUCUGCUAUCCAUCCCAGUGGCCGAGGACUACGAUCCCGAGACCCAGGACUUCGUCACCCACAUUGUGCCCAUCUGGACAAGGCAAAAGUACAACUGGUGGCUGUUUUUCCAUUUACAGCUGGCGAAGAUCGCAGUAGUGCCCAUUGACUACCCACAGGUCCCCAAGGGCAAAUCCCGCGUUAGAGUGAUGAUCCAUGCAGGUAACACGGAGGAAGAGGUGGAUUACUUGGUAGCGACUAUCUUUGGCUUUGUGAAAGAGAUGAUCGAUAUCGAGGAGGGAACUGAGAAAGGGAAGAUACCCAAAGCCGCGCAGGAGAUCUACGCGCUGAUGGCUGCGCAUGCGUGA